CCCUCCACAGACAAAACCCUCGCCUCCAUCACCCUCGCUCUCCCGGUUCCUUCUUUCGCUACCUGAAACCCUCUCCGUCCCUCCCCCUCUUAGUGUUUAGCCCAAAACAAUCGUAUUUGUGAACGAGCCCCAGCGAUACAGUCCGCAUUAAAGCUAGCUGGGAAGGCAACGGCGGGAUCGCGGUGUACAAAGGCUACAGAAACCCCCAUCUUUCUCAUCCUGCCGCUCUGCUCCUACCAGAAACCAUUGAGAAAGGAUUGAAGUUAUAUCCCGCUGCCAGACAGCUCCUAAAGUCGUCUCUCGCCUCCUUCCCUUUUGUUUGAUUUCUCAGGCAUACAUGUCGAUUGCAUCGCAGCUUCAGGUGAUCAAGUCCGUCAUUAAGGGGAAAGAGGACCCAAUCCGUAGGCCCAUAACUCGACCCUCGGUGCUGUUCGACCCCAAGGAGGCUGCUGAUAUCGAUCUAAGAUCGAUUAUUCCAUUAGCACAGUCCGGUUUGGAUGCUCUUAUCAAGGUGGAUGAUCGGUUUUCAAGCUACAAGUCCACUCUUUUUAGCCAUGUUACUCUUGAAAUAGAAAGGGAGAAGAUGACUCCAAAAGAAGAGGAGAAGCUGAACAAGUCGAUAUGCUCAUAUUUGCAGCUUCUGGCAGGGCAAUUGCUUCUUCCCUCUGCCCUAAGGACACUGGAGUAUCUCAUUCGUAGAUACCAGGUUCAUGUUUUCAAUGCUGAGGAGCUUGUUCUAUGUGCACUUCCUUAUCAUGACACUCACGCCUUUGUCCGGAUUAUUCAAUUGAUUGAUUUUGGAAAUAAAAAAUGGGCAUUUUUGGAGGGUGUGAAGACGUCUGGUGCGCCGCCUCCUAGAAAUGUUAUUGUGCAGCAGUGCAUUCGUGAUAAAGGAGUUUUGGAGGCCUUAUGCAACUAUGCAUCAUCAACUAAAGAUUUCCAGCAUUCCAGACCAGUUAUCUGCUUUUGCACUGCAGUAACAGUGGAGGUGCUUGGCUCUCUUCCAAAGCUUGAUACUGAUACAAUACAAAAAACUUUAACCUUUGUAUUCAAUGGGCUUAAUCCGGCUAUUGGUGGAAGUCCUGAUCAUGCGAUGGGCGCUCUAAUGAUUGUAAGCUUGAUGGCAACUAGAGCCACAUUGGCAUCUAAACUUGUUCAAAGUCUGGUCUACUUUAUUGCACGGUUUGCGCAACAUGAUUCCAGAAAAUCAUCUGAUUUGCUUAGGCUUCGUGUUACAAUUAUGGCCAUGGUUACCCUCGUUCAGUCUCAGUCAGCACAUGCCUUGCCAAAGAAGACUAUAAUGAUGUUGAAAGAGAUAAGGGAUUUUGUUGGCAUACUUUAUGGAUUGUCCAAAGAGUUCAAUAUCCGAAACUUUCUUCGUCUCUAUGUAGAAUCACUGAUUGAUUGCAGUUUGUCUGAUGACUGCUAUCAUCAUUUGCUUGUUAAUGUGCUGGAAACACUUCCUGUCAAUGCUUUUGUGGAAAAGAUUGUCCAUAAGAUCUUCGGUCAGUGUAUGAAAUUCUUACAUCCUGACAUUUCAAAUUCAAGUCCAGCAGGUAUUCGGGCUAAGCAAAUUUUGGUUGUGAUGAAGAAGCACUUUCCAUCUGAGUUGCAGGGAGCCGUUCAUAAAUUUAUCGAGAAUUCGAAAAUGAAGUUAGGGGAGGAGGAUUCUACAUUUGCAGUUUUUUGUGAGAUGCUUGAUGGCAAUUCAGACGUGCCAAUGAAACUAUCUGACUCUAAAGUUUGGUUUUCUCUAGAACAUCCAAAGGCUGCUGUUCGUCGAGCCACACUAUUAGAUUUAGCUUCAUCCGGUAACUUGGAGUCUGUUGUAAAGCAUCCAUGGAAACUUGUUGAUGUAAAAGAUGCUAUAAUAUGCCGGCUUUUGGAUGAUGAUCUUACCGUCGUCCAGGCAGCAUUAUCUAUUAAUGGGCUAUCCAAAAUAGUUAGUUCAGCUUCUCUUCUCAAGGCAUAUUGCAAUGUAUUUUUUAGGUGCAUGGAUAUAAUUAAAAAAAGCUCAGAAAUGGCAUGUCAAGCCAGUGAUGUUGCUGUAUUGUGCCUUGAUUAUAUGGUUUUGGAUAUUGCAUUGCACCAGUAUGAUUUUGUUAAGGAUGUUGCUGGCAUAAUAUUUCCUGUUCUUCUCGUUCUCCCUCAGACUUGGAGGGUGAAUGUAAAAGCAUUGGAGCUUGCUAAUAAAUUGCAAUGGCCAUUUUACUCAGACUUCAAACCGUGUAAUUCAGAUUUUGAUGAGCGUCAAGCAAAGAGUUUAGACCAUGGGCAGAUGACUGCCAUUAACAUACGAACAAUUCAAAUCUUGGCCGAAUCUUUUGCUGGGAAUCCUCUAGGUAAUAUUGGGUGGUUGGUUGGAUGCAGCAUGCAAAGCAAAUCAGCAAAAUGUUUUUUCUUCUUCAUCAUUCUUCAGGCUUUGCUUACUUGCAAAGAAGAAUUUGCCAAAAUAUGGAAGCUUUUUGAAGCUUGCAUUGCGGCUAUUGAAGAUGGGUGGUAUGAAAUGUUGUCUAUUGAUAAUGGAAUCAUUGCUGCAAAGUUUCUCAAGGAUGAAUGGUGUGAAGUGGAAUCUGAGGGCAAUGUUAUCAUUAAUGGAGAGUUGAAUUUGGAGAGGUUUGAUAAAUCAUACAGGCGGUUAGCUGCGCAGCUGUUACAUUUAGAUGCUGAUACAUUAAGUAAUAAGAUACUUAUUUGUAUUCAUUGGUGUCUGCUGGAAAUAUGUACUGGAUUAGCUAGAAAAAAUAAGUUGUUGGAGGAUCAGCAACUAUCGUUAUUUGAACAGCUUUUUCUCUUUUUUGCCUCAUCUCGUUCCUUGAGUAUCUUCAAGAAACAACUUCCUUUUGCUGUUAAGAACUGCUGCAAAGCUCCAUUUCAGUUUCUGUCCAAAUAUUUUGUGGAAGAAGGAUUUUCUGCUGAGGUUCAAGCCGAAAGUUUAAUCUCCUUUGCUUCUAUCUGUUCCAUUUAUGCAUCAGAUAGGAGCUCUACAAAUGAAAAUACUCUCCUUUCACUUUCUACAUUUCCUUCACUUCUUGUACCUCUUGCCAGUGAUAACAAGGAGAUUCGCUCUGCUGCUGUAAACUGUGUUGAAGGAAUAUAUAAGCUGUGGCAGUGCUAUAAUGUUUCUUGUUUGAAGAAUGGAAACGAUGCAAUCUUCCUUCAAUGUGUGUCAUCACCAGUAUUUGGAGAGUUUUUGGAGUUCAUUGUCAACCAAAAGCAGCUGAUCUCAUCAGAUGUGAAUUUUCUUCCAUCAUUAUUGACAUCAUUGUUAAGCCCAUCCAGUGACAGUCUUUUUGUGCCGGAGAACUCUCAUAAAAGGUUUGAACAGUCAUCUAAGGAUGUCAUACUGCAGUUCAUUUUGACUUCAGCAUUGAAAUUCCCGUCCUAUGGAAAGCAAAAGGUGUUUUCCUUGCUUAAAGCUAUGGGCAACUCCCUACUGCAAAUAGAAGGUUGCAAAGAGUUGCUGCUGGGGCUUCUUCAAAAACGGAAUUUCUAUGUUGAGGUUGGGAAGCCACUUGAGAGGCUAUCGGAAAAUGAGAUUGAUACAUUGUGCUUACUUUUAGAGAUUUGCGCACCACAGUCGAGUUCUUCUAUUGAUGCUUUCUGUGUAAGUUGUCUGAUGAAAGCUUUAAAAGUGGAUGGUUUAUUAUUGGACGAACCUGCUGUAGUAAAGCCCUGUGUUACUGUGCUGAAAAAUCUUACAAACACAUUCUACCUCAACUUGGAUAGCAAUAUACAGGAUGAAAUCUUCAUAAACCUGGUUUUUUUGGUCCGGGGUGACAAUGGAGACCAAAGAGAUGCUGCUAGAGAAGCGGUUCUUAAUCUAAAUCAGAUAAGUUGUACAACAUUUGCAAGUUUCCUUGAAAACUUCUGCCUAGGACAGCAUAUUGACUCCUCAAAAAGAGAAAAGAGAGAGAAAUCCAUAACCCUUCAAAGUUUAAACACUUGUAAAGACAAGUUUGAUGGUGGAAGGAAAUUAAUUUUUCUUCUGGGUUCGUUGCUCGAUAUUUUCUCACUUAAGAAAGAUAUGGCCAAUAGAGUUUCUUUGGUGCAACCAUUAUUUGAGGUCCUAGCCAAGCUUUUCUCAGACGAUUGGCUUCUGGGUUUAUUGGGCUCUGGCACAACUGGAAGUGGAUCAAUAUCUGGAUUCACUGAAUCUUUUUCGGCUGCUCUUUAUUCUGCUCGGCACACUACUCUGUUAAUCCUCAAGGAUACUAUUGACUCACAUAUUAUGACACAUCCUAAUAUGGAUGACCUACUUAAUAAGGAUAAUAUUAAUCGUCUGGUUGAAUGGGCACACUUAGCUAAGGACGCUACCACUCGCAACCACAUUUUCUUGUUACUAUCUUCUGUUGCUAAGAUCUCUUCUGGAUUGCUUUCUGAACAUAUUGUUGACUUGUUUGUUAUGGUUGGAGAGUCCACUAUAAAACAGAGUGACUAUCAUUCUCAACAAGUUUUGGAGAAUCUGAUAUCAGUGCUCAUCCCUUGUUGGCUAGCUAGAACUCGCAGUGUUGGAAAGUUAUUCCAGAUUUUUAUAAAAGGUUUGCCAGAUAUUGCUGAGAACCGACGGAUGGCUGUCAUAGUAUAUCUUGCCAGGAUUUUGGGAGAGAAAGAUAGCUUAGGCAUACUAUAUUAUAACCUUUUCCAUUCGUUGACUCUACGCCUUGAUAUAACCUCUUCUUAUUCUGAAAUAAAUUUCUGUGAUUUAUUGUCUCCAUCAUCCAUGAUUUUUAAGGAAUGGGAAUACACGUUUGCUUUACAAAUUUGUAAUCAGUAUUCUAGCAAAAUAUGGCUUCCUUCGCUAGUAAAGCUGUUGCGAGAGAUUGAAUAUAGCAGCAAACAGCAAGGAUUUUUCACUGAGCUAUUUUUGGCGUUGCAAUUUGUCCUUGGGAAAUUAAGAGACACCGAGUUUGUUUUUGACCUUGAAUCUGGACGAGAUGCAAGUUAUAUUCAGGGCACCCUUGGGGCACUUAUGGAGCAAGUUGUGUUGCACUUGCAACUUCUUACUGUUAGGGGCAAAGAACUUGGCUUUUCUAAAAGAGCUAUGAAGGAAAUAAGGAAGUGCAUCAGCCAAAUUCUUAAGAACUUAACAACAUGGAUGAACCCUGAAACUUUCUUUAAAUGCAUUAUCCAAUUGCUGGGUAGAGAUGAUUGGAAAGUAAUAAAAAAGACGCUUGGUUUGCUAUGUGAAUUUAUUAAAGAUAAAGCACCUGGUCAGAAAAAUAUGGUGAGGACCAAAAGAAAAAUGAAUCCUACUCCUUUCACAAUUCAGAUUACUGCCCAUGCUGUGCCAUCUUUCAUCGAGCUCUGUUCUAAAAUUAAUCAACUAAUCUCCAGCUCUACAACACACAUUCCAGUGAAGUUGGCUGCAAUUUCCUCUAUUGAAACCCUUGCGAAGGAGUUGCCUUUUAAUGAACCAAUUUUCUGUGCAUGCCUUCAAUGUGUUAUGGGGGAGAUCAAUUCCUCUGAUUUGGCUCUUUCUUCUGCUUCUAUUCGUAGCACCGGUGCAUUGGUUGGAGUACUUGGUUCUCAAGCUCUUAAACAACUUUCUUCCAUUAUUAAACAUAUCUUCACAAAAGUUCAUGAAGUUUCUAGAUGUCCUUGCCUUAAAUCUAAACAGAAUGGACAUGGAAUUGAAAUUCAUAAAGUACCUGUUUUACUGUCUACUCUUUCUGCAUUGGAAGCGGUUAUAACGAAUCUUGGUGGAUUCUUAAAUCCAUAUCUGGAUGACAUAUUUGAUGUCAUCAUCCUUCAUCCUGAAUUUGUUUCAGAUUUAGAUGUUAAGUUAAAGUCAAAAGCUGCUGUUGUGCGAAAACUUCUAACUGAAAAAAUUCCAGUUCGCCUCAUACUUCCGCCUCUACUAAAAAUUAUUGAAACUGCUCUUAGAUGUGGAGAAUCGAGCUUAUCUUUGGUUUUUGAAAUGCUGGCAAACAUAAUUGGUGAAAUGGAUAGAUCUUCUAUAAGCUUGUAUCAUUUGAAAAUAUAUGAACAAUGCUUAGCUUUGCUUAAUAUUCGCCAUCAAGUGCCAGAGUCUGUUAAAGACAUCAACAUGGUGGAGCAAAGUGUUAUCCACACCAUGGUUGUUCUGACCAUGAGACUAACAGAGACUAUGUUUAAGCCAUUGUUCCUUCACACUUUAGAGUGGGCAGAGUCAGAACUUGAAGUAAAUCAGCCUACUAAAAGUAUGAGUUUAGACCGAUCUAUUUCCUUCUACAGUUUGGUGAAUAAACUUAUUCAGCAGCAUAGAUCCCUCUUUGUACCUUACUUCAAGUAUUUGCUUGGGAGUUCAACACGUUAUCUAAGUAUAGAUGAAGUUGUGGAUUCGAGUUAUCUAACUCAAAAGAGGAAAAAGGCUAAGAUUCAGGACUCACACACCAGUGUAAAUGCUAAAGUUGACUUGUCAGCAAAGUUAUGGCAUCUGAGAGCUCUUAUUUUGAAGGCUUUUUAUCAUUGUUUCCUCUACGAUACAAUAGAUUCUAAAUUUCUUGAUGCCUCAAACUUUCAGGUUCUAUUGAAACCGAUUAUUUCUCAGCUUGAUGUGGAACCACCCUCCAUAUUGAAUGAUUACCCAGAUUUACCCACUGUUGAGGAUGUUGAUGAACACCUGGUCUUAUGUUUGGGACAGAUGGCUGUUACAGCUAAAUCUGAUGUUCUAUGGAAGCCACUUAACCAUGAGGUGCUGAUGCAGACGAGGAAUGAGAAAGUUCGGCCAAAGAUUCUUGGUUUAAGGGUGAUUAAAUACUUAGUGGAACACUUGAGAGAGGAGUACUUAGUUUUCCUAGCUGAAACAAUUCCUUUCUUGGGUGAACUGCUAGAAGAUGUGGAGCUUCCGGUGAAGACAUUGGCACAGGAUAUUCUGAAGGAAAUGGAGAUCCUUAGUGGCGAAAGCCUGAAGCAAUACCUGUGAUGCUUUACUUUAAUUUGCUUGGGGCAGACUUGUGUUGAUUGCCAUUUUCCCUUCAUGGAGAUGCCAUAUGCUAAUGACGAAAGGAAAACAUUUUUUAGCCGAAGUACAGAGAUGAUCAAUGUCAUCGUUAGCUAAUCCAACAUGUAAUGUGAUCAUUUUGUAGUAGAAGUCUCGGUGAUUAUGCGAGUCGUUCAUUUUUUCAAGAUGGAUUUUGCUCUGAUUGCCAAAUCGGAAUUUUGUACAUGAGCUUGUACUGUAAUACAUUUUUCUAAUUCAAAUAAAAUUCGUUGAUGUUGGAUAAUGUAUUUCUUAUAAAGGCCAGGUUCUAGCAAAGAAAGAACUGAGAGGUGAAGACGAAGUUGAGAAGUUUUGUGGUGGGGAAAAGUGUUGGUUGGAGAGAUCAAAAAAGGAAGGGAAGCAGAGAAAAAGUGAGGUAGCAUCAAAGUUAUUUUCAUGCCAGGAAACGAAUUGAUAUGUGUGAAUGACUCUUUAUGUCUUGGUAAGAAAAUCUCGUUUAUAAAAGGAAAAUUAUAACCUCAUUUAAGAUGCUAUUCUUUAUUAAAUAA